AUGGCCAACGUACAGAACGAUGGCGAGUCAGAAGACAUCGACUUGUUGGUGGAUCAGUUCUCCGACGCAGUAGUAUUUCUGGAAGAAGCUGUUGACGAAGAGAUUGCAAGGCUAAGAGUAUUGUUGCUGUGCCGAUUAGGAAAUCGAGAAGCCAUUGCCGAAUCAUUGGAGGAGCAGAAGGAUUAUAUUAAUGACUUAGAGGACAUGAUGAACAGACAGAGGGAUGAUACUGCAGACCACGUGGCUACCCAAUUCGGUUCGUUUUUUAAUUGCGUGGCGGAAAUCGAGGAAGAAUUUCUAUCUGAUUUUGACGACAAGAGUGAUCAACACAGAACAGCAUUGGAACACUUGGAAAGAAAAAUACCGCUAGAAAACAGCGAACGGCGAAACAGUUUGCGGCAAAGACAGACCAAUGCAUUGACCGCUUUUAUCAAGGGACAAGACGAGGCGAGGUUAAGUGAUAAGAAAAGCGCCAAACAGUUCGUGAGGUGGCUGGACGCCAGGAUGAAAUUUUUGUGCAAACAACGUGACGAACGCGAACAACUGGAGGCAUGCCUAGACAAAGAGUCUUGCGCAGCUAUUGUCGAGCUGAACGAGGAGCUGGAAAGGUUUGCGGAGAGGCUUGUCGUCGACCAGUCGGCGAAACUGACGAGACUGCUAGUCGAUCACGGCAUGACUGAAUCGGACGCGCUAUUGAUUGCGCAGCCGCAUUCGUCCGAGUUGCUCGAGCUGAAAAACGAAAGGCAAACGACGUUAGAAAGCAACCGGCUUCAAGUUCAGGAAAGACUUAGGGAAGUCGAGAGUCAGCUCGAAAAGUCUCGAAUCCGCGAACUGGAAGACAGAAAGAAGACGCGUGCUCGCGUCCAAACCAUCAUAAGAAACUUACUCGACUCUCAGCUGUCACUGUCGUUUGAAGAAAGAGCAAAAUUUGAAGACGACCAGGCGGUGCAGUUGGUGCAGCAGGAAAACCGACUAACUUCAAACAAACUCCGGCAAAGGAAGUUACUACAAAAAUCGAUAAGCAGUAAACAAAGAGAACUACACAAGAAGUUAGAAGACAAAGAGCGUCAAGAAGGAUUGGUGGCACUUGUAAGCGGUGAGGUUAGCGACAGAGAGAAUCUGGACCCGAAAACGUUGGCCUCACACAAGAGGGCAGUGGCUAAAAUGCUCAAGUCUCGAAAAGUCAGCCUAUCACAAGAAAUGAUGAAACUGCAAAGUGAUGUCGAAAAGGAGAAAGCUAAUGAUGUGAGGAAAGUUGAAAACCAGAUUGGAGCCCAUUUCUAUGCCAACAAAAUGGCACAAGAACGAUAUCUCUUGAAUAAACAAGAAGACGCAAAAGCAAUUGGCAGACUUCAAAUGGGACUUACUGCGGAAGCAUCACAACGAAAUGACAAACAGCUGAAUGCGGCACAGGAAAAGAUUAUCGAAGAACACAAAGAUACUAUGGAACGGCUAGGCAGCGCUCUAGUCAAACAGAGAGAGAAACAAGAACAGGUGUUAAUGGAGCGACUUAAGGAAAAGGUCGAGCGCCGCAUUUCGUUAGGUUCGGCGGGGAAGAAGAAACGACCAACGAGCAGACUCGAGCAGCACACUCUGGAACCGGUGCACGAAGUUGAGCAACUGGAAGACGCAAAAAAACGCCUUGAACUCGAGACUCGGCAAGCCAUCCGAAAUGCCAAAGAGAAAACGGAGCUCGACCGUCUCGCAUUCAUGGAGGAGAAAGGGCUCGAGAAGACAACAGCCGACAUCGACGACCUCCUAGACAAAGUCUAUCAUAAGGCGGCUCGCCAGCAGCGAACAAGGAGGCGCGUCAGUGCGUUAGAGGAACGAAUGCAAGAGGACUUGAGAAAACUCUAUGAACUAUCUCGACUGGCAAGUGUCAAUGAAGAUGAAGAAGUGUGAAGAUCGCAACAAGACAAGAACUGAAUAAACAAACGGAAACUGCAGCAGAAUUAAUCAAGAGUAGAGCAUUUUCACAAAGUACAUAAUACCUAGUCGCACAGAAAAUAUCACAAAUUAAGAAAUGA